GGACGCGCCGCCGGGCCACCAUCUUGGCGUCCGGAGCGGGCUCCCGGGUUCCGGGGGCCCAGGCGGUGCCGGCGCGGUCUUGCCCCGCGUAGCGAGGACCCCGCCACGAUGUAAGCUUGAAGUUUCCUGGGAAAUCCUUGUGACACCCUGCUUCCAGAAGGUCCAUGGGAGGAACCUUAUUCCCUGGAAGCUGGAAACGCUCAGGCUGAGCUCGGGUUUAAGACAGUCCUUCCGGUUCAGCUUGCUACAUGGUUGAUAGGACACUGCCUGACCAAAGCAGAGUUUAUCUUUAAGUGGGAGCUUAGAUUCGGCCAUGGACCGUAGCAGAAGCUUCAAUUCGAUGCCUUCCAGGUUCAUCUUGAUCAAGAGGCUCUAAUGCCACUUCUGUUUCCAGUGACAUGCUGCUCCCUUGAGAUCCGGAGUCAGGACGCUGGGUGUCCUGGAACCCAGAAAUGGUGUUGGUGUCGUUCGAGGACGUGGCCGUGCGCUUCACCUGGCAGGAGUGGCAGGAGCUGAGCGCAGCCCAGAGGAGCCUGUACAGGGACGUGAUGCUGGAGAACUACCGCAGCCUGCUGUCCUUAGGGCACUGUGUGACCAAACCUGAAUUGAUCUUCAACUUAGAACAUGGACUUGGGCCAUGGAGCGCAGCAGGUGCCUCGGUCUGGACCCUCUCAGGUGUCAACAAAGUGAGUGGCCUGGUUGAAACCAUCCAGGAAAAUGAAGGCAAACACUUCUGGCAAAUUAAAAUCAACAGCAAUGCAUCAAAUGAAGAACUGGUUGAAGCAGAACUAAAGAUUCCUGAGGAAAUCCACCGAGGGACAAAAUCCUAUGAAUGUGAAGUCUGUUUGGAAGCAUUUUACCUGGAGUCACCAUAUAGCACAAGUCAGAGAUACCACACUUGUGAGAAUCCGUAUGAAUGUAAGGAAUGUAGAGAAGCUUUCUAUCCCAAGUCUACCUUCAGCCCCUGUCAGAGGCUGGAGAGAGGGGAGAAACCCCAUGCGUGUGUCGAAUGUGGGAAAACCUUCUACUGCAAGUCCCACCUCACCGUGCAUCAGAGGACUCACACAGGCGAGAAGCCCUACGAGUGCGUGCAGUGCACGAAAGCUUUCUACAGCAAGUCGCAACUCAACGUCCAUCUGAGGAUCCAUACAGGCGAGAAGCCUUAUGAGUGUAAAGAAUGCAGGAAGGCCUUCUACCGGAAUUCUGACCUCACUGUGCAUCAGAGGACUCACACAGGCGAGAAGCCCUAUGAGUGUAAAGUAUGCAGUAAAGCUUUCUACUGCAACUCACAGCUCACUGUGCACCACAGGACUCACACAGGCGAGAAGCCCUACGAGUGUCAGGUAUGCAGGAAGGCCUUCUACUGCAAGUCACAACUCGCUGUGCACCACAGGACUCACACAGGCGAGAAGCCCUAUCAAUGUAAAGAAUGUAGGAAGGCCUUCCAGUGCAGGUCUGACCUCACGCGCCAUCAGAGAACUCACACUGGUGAGAGGCCGUAUGAAUGUACUGAGUGCAGGAAGGCCUUCUACCGCAAGUCAGACCUCACUGUGCACCAGAGGACUCACACAGGCGAGAAGCCCUACGAGUGUAAAGAAUGCAGGAAAGCUUUCUACUGCAACUCACAGCUCACAGUGCAUCAAAGACAGCACACGGGGGAGAAGCCUUACGAAUGUAAAGACUGUGGGAAAGCCUUUCAGUGCAAGUAUGAACUCACUCGCCAUCAGAGAACACACACAGGUGAGAAACCUUACGUGUGUAUAGAAUGCAAAAAAGGCUUCUACACCAAGUCAGAUCUCACUCGCCAUCUAAAAACUCAUGCAGGUGACAAACCCUGAAUCUAUAGCGUACAGCAAAGCUUCACACAAUAAGUCAGUUCUGGUGUGGCAUCAGAGAAUGCGUGUAAGUACUUUUUACCAUAAAUUGAAACUUAUUGUCAGAGAAUUCAUACACAUGCAAGAAACCAUGAGUGUAAGAGAGCGCUCUACUUCAGCUCAUCUCCGUGUGCAGACCGAUAAAUUUAGGGAAUGUAAGAAGACUUCGUAUGGUCAGAUCUCAUUUAACAUCAUGUAGAUGUAGGUGAAUUACCCUUUGAAUAUAAAGAAUACUAGCACAUUUUGUUUUUAAACCAUAAAGUGCAUUCACUGGGCAGGAAAGCUCAUAUAUAUAACACAGAAAACUUUGAAACCUAAGUCAGGCCUCAGUCUACCUUAAAAAGAAAAAUCACAAAUGUAUGGUUGUGUACCUCAGAUGAUUUAGCCAGGUACUGCUUUUCAUCCUGACGCAUCUGGGUGAUCUUGGAAAAGCUUCACUUGGACCUGCUGUUUAACAGCAUAGGAAGACACCAGAUCAAAAGACUGGGGAAAGUUAGGCACGGUGGCGCACACCUUUACCGCCAGCGCUCAGGAGGCAGCAUCGUGUGGAGCCGUGUAAGUCUGAGGCUAACCUGUUCAACAGAGUAUGUUCUGGGCCAGCUAGGGACCACAGUGAAAUCUGUCACAGAAACAGUGAGAAAAUCUUCAGUGGCCGUAAAACCCACAUGGUUUUUAAAUCAUAAAGUAAAGAAUAUCAGAAACUUUAAAAAUAGUUCUUGAAACUCAACUGAAAUCAGAAACACAACAAAAGGAUAAUAAAGCAGAAGAGUGGAAUCCGGGAGUGUAGGGGCCACCUUUCAUCAUCGGUAUAAUGAUUUCAGGAUUCACCCAUCUACACACAUACUAUAACCCCAUCAGGCUACAGAUUCUAGAGGCUCCACUCGCGUUAGCAGUCACGACAUCAGUUGUGAAGGUGAGAACAUGUUUGGGUUUUAAAAAUGAGAUGAGCUAGGGUGUGACUGUCCCGUGCUUGUGAAGCAGACGCAUUUCCUCUCCCCUUGUAUUUCAGAGUUUGUAUGUAUCACCUACGUGUUUGGCAUUCAUGCUCAUGAAUCAGUCUUGAGAAAGUAUCAACAGUGGUGAAGAAGUUGCAGAAAGUUGAUCAUGCCUUUUUGAGCACUCUCAGUGAAAUCAUAUCUUUUUUUUUUUUUUAGUGAGACAAGGUCUAGAUCUACAGGCCAGGCUGACUUUGAAUUCUUUGUUUUGUAGGCGGUUCUCAUUUUUAUGGUCACACUGCUUCAUGCUCUUGAGAGAAUUAGAGUAAUGGUCUUCCAUGCAACCAUGUAUUUCUUAAAUGUGUAACAUUUUUCGCAUUUUUAAAUUUUCAAAAAUUUCAACAUUUUUAUACAUCAUAAAUUUUGGGGAGAAAAAUUCUGUUUAUGUAACUUGCAUGUCAAUUUCCAGAUGGAAUUGUUUGGCAUGCCACUGGAAAUUAAGCAUUCAACUGUAUACCACUAAAUAAACACAAUGAUGUUUCCA